CUCGAAGCUGGGUGAUUUUACAAAUAGGCGCGGGAAACCCUAUGCGGUUGGUUGUUCGUCAGCUCCGAUGUCGGCGGAUACUAGUGCCCGCGUGUAUUAUUUCCCUGAUCAUCUGUACAUUUGCCGUUUAUCAGAAUCUUUGGUCUUUGGAGCAGACCGACACAUCAGUAAAUCGGCUAACAAAUAGUCAGAACCCAACAGUCCCUUUGGAGCCUGUCGAACACCUGACAAUAAAUCUGCAGCAUCCACAGGGACGAGCUGAUGGUCUCGGUGAACAAGCUCGUAGACAAUUAGUGCCACCAAAACAUCCAUUAGAACAGGAAAUUGACAGGAUCCCGACACUCCGGGUUCGCGAAAAGGUGGUUCUCGGAUCUACUGGCGAACGAAAUCCACCAGACGCUAACAAAGAUCUUCAGGUUGAACAGCCUGGGGAUGAUCAAGCUGGGAAGAUGAAAGUUGUUGAAACUAUCCCUCGCGGUGGCGUUGGACAACCGCAGAUCGAACCUUCGCAGCCUAGUCGUGGUACUCCUAUCACAAAUGAGGAACUCAGAGGUGGCGAACCGAGAAAUGCUACUCUUGUGGCCAUACGCAACCAGCUGCGUGAAAUGACAUCUCAUGCUUGGCGGUCGUAUAUGAAACAUGCAAGAGGCCACAAUGAGCUGAAACCUAUUUCUUUGACAGGGCAUCAACCUUUUGUCCUGGGAUCACUACCCAUGGGAGCAACUAUAGUUGAUGCUUUGGAUACGCUAUAUAUGAUGAACUUGGAAGAAGAGUUCAAUGAAGCCCGCAAUUACGUCGUGGAAGAACUGAACUUUGAUCAGCCCUCACUGGUUUCCGUAUUUGAGUUCACUAUCCGUUAUCUCGGUGGUUUGCUGACGGCCUACACAUUCACACUAGACAAGGUGUUUUUGGAUAAAGCUGUACUUCUGGCGAAACGCUUGCUACCAGCAUUCGAGACCCCAACGAAGCUGCCUAUGAGCCUGAUCAAUUUGAGAACUGGUAAGGGACAGAUGUUUAGUUGGAGUGCCGGCCGCUGUGCCCUGCUGGCGGAAGUUGGAACUCUCCAUAUGGAAUUCAGAUAUCUCUCUGAACUAACUGGGGACCCGAUAUAUGCGCAAAAGGUUCAUUGUAUCCGUGACAUUCUAAACGAGCUAAAAGACCAGAAAACACCUUUCUUCAACCAUGUCAAUCAUAGACAGCUCCAGUGGUGUAGCUCGACGGCGGGGCUUUCCGGGACCGGUGAUUCAUUUUAUGAAUAUCUUCUCAAAGAGUGGAUUCGUACCAAUCGCCAGGAUACUCAAGCUCGUCAGAUGUAUGAUGCUGGUAUCAAAGCGUUAGAUGAGCAUGGGUUGUUCAAAAUCAGCGAAGGUGGUCAUUUGUACAUUGGUACUUACACAAGUUCCGGUGUGUCCAAUACAAUGGAUCAUCUAGCUUGCUUUGCUGGUGGAAUGUUCGUACUCGGAGCAACCGGUCCGCAAGAUCCCUGGUUCCAGCGAGGUGUGGAAAUUACGCGAACAUGCAACUACACUUACGCCGCGUCUGUGACUCAACUUGGACCCGAGUCGUUUACUUUUGGUUCUGGUGUGGAGGGCGUACCGUUGAAAUCUGGCCAUAAAGCUUACUUGUUGCGACCUGAAACAGUGGAGUCUUACUUCUAUUUGUGGCGCUUCACAAAAGACGAAGCCUAUCGGAUAGCGGCUCUGAAAGUUGUUCAGGCUCUCGAGAAGUACGCCAGAACUGCUGGUGGUUAUUCCGGAUUGAAGGACGUGAACUCCCCGGAGUCUGGCCAUGAUGACGUGCAACAAUCAUUUUUCAUUGCGGAGACUUUGAAAUAUCUUUAUCUGAUUUUCUCGGAAGAUACCCUAUUCCCCUUGAAUCGAUGGGUCUUCAAUUCGGAAGGACAUCCACUUCCAGUUCACAAUGAAGUGUGGUUGGGCAAUGACAUCUGGCCUAAGCCUUUUGCCCAGCCCACCUCUUGUAGUCGGCUUUCAGGUAACUGAUUAUUGUUACUGUUAUUCUUUUCAUUAUUACUAUUCUUUCAUCCAUCCAUAUUCUGGUGGCAUUUUCACGAGAUAUUUGUGCCUCAUCCCUGUGCUCACCCUUCGCGCAUAAACACUAAUAGUGUUUUUUUCGUUUGUUUUUUGACUUCAACACUUUCAUGUGCACUUUGCUGUGAUACACACUAAUUUCCAAAGCUCGAAGUCCCCUUGGUUUGGUUGAGGUUCUUCGUGUUUCGUUUUCCUGCAUCUCUAUCUUGGUCCCUUUAUUCCACCAUAUAUUCACUUUUUCUGUGUACAAAGAGCUUUUUCUAGAGUAGAUUAUAAGCAAUACUACUCUCUAUUUUGUGGGCAGAGAACUUUUCACCUUUUCCAGUGACCUACUCACAUGCGGCUCUUGUGACUUCUCUCUGCAAUUCCC